AUGGAGUCUCACACUCUUCUGAAGCUUCUCUCCCCGUAUGCACAAAGGAUGCAAAUCACGGACGAGGAGAUGCUCCUAGCAGUCAUGCAGAUCCUUGCCUCACCCAGCUCCAAUGAAGAGAUCAAGAACAGCCUGCUUGAAUUAUUGUCAUACAGUGUCUUAGAUGACCCUUUAUUCAAUGACAUUCUUAGCAACCGAGAGGACUAUGUCGAGAUGUUUACAUUGUUAUGCCCAGGUACUAGCUUAGGACAGCUUAGUUCUGACACUCAAGCUGCUCUUUCGACGCAGGCUGCCAAGCAAGAAACUCUGCCCAAUCGCAUAUCCAUUAAUAUAAAGUCAAAGCAAGCCUCUCAACAAUCAGAUGUUCACCCUUAUGUCUCCGAGGAGAAUCUUGAGGACGCUACCCACCUUUCCUCCCUUAUAACCAUUCCGUCUACAAUCACACAAACCAUUUAUAUACCCCAUGUCCCCGUGCUCUCUACUUCCACUACUUCGUCUCUGCGACCUGUCUCUGAUCUGCCCCUAGAGUAUCAAAAGGUUUUUCCCAAGCGAAUAACGCACUUCAAUCGUAUUCAGUCUGAAAGCUAUGAGGUUCUCUUCAAUAACAGUUGCAAUGUCCUUCUUUGUGCGCCUACUGGUGCAGGAAAAACGGUGUGUGCCUUGCUCUGCAUGCUCCGUGCUUUCUCAUCGGACUUACUCCUCCCGAGCGACGAUAAGCCCAAGCCUACGCAGCACAUCAUAACGUUUUCUAAUGCACCCGUCAUCCCAAAGCAGGCCACCACUACCCCUCCCUCUUCUGCAAAGAGUACCCAACUGGUUGUCUAUCUAACACCCAUGAAGGCCCUGGCGUCUGAGAUGACUACAACAUUUACAGAGCAACUGGAGAAGCUGGGAUUGACUGUACUAGAGUGUACUGGUGAUGAGGCGCCGCCGCAAGCCAAGUUACUAGAGGCGAAUUUGCUGAUCUGUACGCCGGAAAAGUGGGACGUCUUAACCAGGAAACCGGUUGGAGAGGUUAGCCUGAUUCAACGGCAAACUCUACUUAUCAUCGAUGAGAUUCACUUGCUCGGCGUUUCUGAGCGAGGACCGGUUCUUGAAUCCAUUAUCAUGCGCACACUUCAAUACAGUGAAACGACUCAGAAAUUCAUGCGUAUUGUCGGCAUAUCCGCGACCAUUCCUAACUAUAAGGAUGUGGCAGAGUUUCUACAUGUCCCCCCAGCAGGCCUUCUGUACUAUGGUCAAGAGUAUAGGCCAGUUCCGCUGGCACAGACAAUAAUUGGCAUAAAGCCUCAGCUCACAGUCAACCAGGAGAAACUCAAUCGUCUGACCACUCAAAGCAGUUCCGAUCCCAGCGAUCCUCUGCAACUCUCAGACGUCUAUUAUUACAUGCAAAAGUACGCACCCGACGAGCUUAACAACCAGCCACUUUCAAAGCAAAUGCGUGCUUUCUGUUCUGUUUCCAGACCACACUGUUUCCCUGUAGUAAAGGGACUAGUUGAGUCUGAGCAUGAGAUACUGGAGAAGUUCCAGAGCAAGAUGACUCAUGUGCUAUCAAAGAGGACAGAUUCCCAAGCCUCAACCUCAGGGUCUAUGAGCAACAUGCGGGGGUACAGCUCUCACGACGUCAUGGACAUUGUUACUGUCUCUCUUGUUAAGGAGCAGCUAUUGCAAAGACAGAAUCAGGUUCUUGUGUUUGUCCACAGUCGCAUGGGCACACAGAUCCUUGCCAGACUGAUUGGGGAUAUGCUCCGCGCACUGAUUCAACAGGGAGCCAUUCCCACGCCUGAUAUUUCUUCUAAUAUCCUGAGGAGUAUCUCCAGUGGCAAGCAAGAUGAUUUGUCCCAACUUAUUGGCUGUGGAGUUGCCUAUCACAACGCAGGCAUGGAAAAGAGCCAAAGGCAGACUGUUGAGCAACUCUUCAGAGAUAGUAAGAUCCGCGUUGUAUGCUGCACUGCUACUCUCGCUUGGGGUGUCAAUAUGCCAUGUUCCACCGUCAUCAUACGAGGCACAGAUAUUUUCUCUGCUGGGGUCGCUGGUCAGAUAACUAAGGCAACAGAUAUAGACGUCCUAGAUAUCCAACAGAUCUUUGGACGUGCUGGGCGCCCCCAGUACACGGCAUCUGGAGAGGUAGGCCAUGGCAUUAUAUUGACCGAUAUAGAAAAGCUGGACACGUUUGUGAGGCUGCUAAAUAAUGAGUCACCGAUUGAAUCCCACAUGCAGCAGGCUCUUCCGGACAUCCUCAAUGCAGAAGUAAUCCUGGGUAACGUCUCGUCUGUAACUGACUGUGUUUCGCUUUUACGACGCAGCUUCCUAGCUACUCGUGUGGUCAACAUGCCAUGGCUCUAUGGCGCCAGGAUCACAAAGUCAGACUCACGAGGCAAUGGAAACUUAUUCACAUCUGUAUCCUUAGAUCAUACUCUAAGGGAGUGCGUCAUGAACGCAAUUCUCAACUUGGCUAGCAACAAAGUCGUAACACUUGAUACCGAUAACGAGCAUCUAUUUCCGACUGAAAUAGGAAGAAUUUGUAGCUAUUACUACGUCUCCUUCAGAAACUUUUGCAGAUUUAUAUCACUCAUUAAGGAUUCAGUCGUCGGAAGAGUCACUCACGACACUCUCCUAGGAUGUCUUUGUGAGUGCUCAGACUUUUCAAAGUUCAUUAUGCGCAAGUCAGAGCUGGAGGAGCUGUCACUCUUGAGUGGGGACAGCUUCGAAUACCUUGGUUUCUAUUCCAACGACACAACCAGUGACCGCCGCAGCAACAAGGUGUCUGCUUCGGAGGCAUUUUCACAAAAAGAUUUACGGAAGUUUCGUGAUUCUCUCCAAAGCCAAUCCAACUCACAAGCCAUCUGCAGACUCAAUAUUACGAAUACAGCGGAUAUUGACAGUGCGCCCUACAAGGUUAACGUUAUUCUUCAAAGCUUUAUCUCCCAGUGGAGGCUUCGUGUUCAGAGUCUAGCAACAGACCAACGCCUUUGUGUGACAGUCGCUCCUCGGAUUCUACGUGCUUUUGCUGAGGCCUCACUUGUGCUUCAGAGGGUUUCAGAGGCGCUUAAGCUGUAUGAUCUGGCGAGCAGCAUUGAGUACCAGCGCUGGUUCCAGACGUCUCUUCCAUUUUGGCCAAUUGUUCGCUCACCGGUUGGAUCAAUGGAGCAUAUCAAGAAUCACUACCUUGUGACAUUAGAAGUUAGAAAGCGCCAAGGAGUGGGUGAAAUUUUGACGGAGAAACUUAUCAUCGACUUUGAACAUCACAAGAACGCAGAGGACUUUCCAUCUCCCAACUCAUUUUUCUCUAUGACCGUUGAUGAUAUCUCCACAUAUAUAUACGACCGCAGCCAGGCGAAGAAGCUUCAUGAGAGCAUAGCCUUCGUGCCCAGGCUGAUUACCAAAGCCUCUCUUUACCCUGUAUCUAAUCGCAUUCUCCGUCUUUCACUAUCAUGCACUGCGGCUUUUCGGUGGAAUAGGGCCAUCCACGGAGAGUCUAUGGAUUUCUUAGUUAUAGUGUAUAGUCAGACUACCAAUUCCGCUGUUCAUUAUGAGCGGGUAACGCUUACGGAGCAGACCUAUUCUCGCGGCUAUAUAACGACUGUGAUUUUGAGGGUUGGCAGUUGGAGGCCGCGACGACCUGGUACGGAGGUGAAGUCCUACAGCGAAUAUACACGAGAACUAGAAGAUAAUGCCGAACUUGAUAUCGUGCCAAGAGCGACAGCGACUCAAUCAACUGAAGCCAUGGUGCUCGAAGCAAGGCUUGUUGUCGUAACAUUUCCGGAGCUUUGGCUUGGAGGCCAUUUAAUCAGGCAAAGGACAGAGGUUUCAUUGAAGCCUGUGCUCACUGCAACUGAAGAGUCUUAUCAAGUCUUCAACGAUGGCAGCGUUGUAUAUCCCAAGCUUAACGACUCGAAAACAGUAUUAUAUACAGAUACCAAUCUAUCCUUCACCCCAAUACCACUGAUUCCACCCUUGUCUAUCAAAGCUUUGCAUUGGCCCGAGGCGGAGUCAUACUUUCGAAGACGAUUUAGCUAUUUCAACCUAUUACAAUCGGUAAUGUUUCACAAACUGUUUUAUACAUCAGAAAAUGUCAUUAUAGGGUGUCCUACCGGCUCUGGAAAAACAACAUGCUCUGAGCUAGCUAUUUUGCAGCACAUUCGCGACAGAUACCAGGCUAAAUCUAACGAAGCUACAAUGGUGUAUCCAAAGAUCGUCUAUAUUGCACCAAUGAAGGCACUCAUCAGGGAACGAUAUAACGAUUGGGCAGAAAGCUUCAGUAAAGACAUGAACCUCUCUGUCAUGGAGAUCACGGGCGAGUCGCUACCAGCUGCCUCGGCUCUUUACCGUGCCGAUAUUAUACUAGCAACUCCAGAGAAGUUUGAUGCCAUUUCACGCCAGUGGCAGUGGAAAAAAUACAUACAAAUGAUUGGCCUCAUGAUCUUCGACGAGCUACACCUUGUGGGAACAACCCGUGGCUACGUAUUAGAGUCCAUAAUCUGCAGAAUGCGCUACUUGUCGGAGCUAUUAGCGCUGGAUCGUGGAGUAAGUGACCAGCCAUCUCAGCUACGGAUAAUAGCUCUUUCGACAGUCUCUGCUAAUACCGGCGACCUGGCACGCUGGCUUAACGUAAAGGAUAUCAGCGGGAUCUUUAAUUUCAACAGUGCUGCACGGCCCGUGAAACUUGAGACGCACAUUCAAGGCUUCCCCGGUUGGCACUACUCCCCGCGAAUGACCACCAUGAACAGACCGAUCUAUACAGCCAUUAAGAAGUAUAGUCCCAGACUUCCUGUAUUGAUAUUUGUGGCAUCUCGCAGACAAACUAGACGAACUGCAAUGGCACUGAUUUCCUUUGCAGAGAUGGAUUCCUCUGCGCCUCCGUGUCUGCGCUCUGAUGGGUCUAACUGUGAGUACUUGCAGAGCUUUGUGCAAGACCCUGACUGUAAGCUUACUAUAGGCCACGGGGUUGGUCUCCACCAUGCUGGGAUGACCCACGCAGACAGGACCGCCGUAGAAAAGCUGUACCUGAACCGAAAAAUAUCCAUUCUUGUAGCGACGAGUACUCUGGCUUGGGGACUCAAUCUUCCUGCCUUUAUGACCAUAAUCAAGGGCUGUGAGUACUUUGACGGCACUGUCAGUAGAUAUGUUGACUAUGAUACGACAGAUAUUAUCCAAAUGGCCGGACGUGCAGGACGCCCCCAGUAUACCCUCGACCGUCUUAGGGACAAGUUUGCAACGGGAAUAUUUGGAGAGGAUGCUUUCGACUAUCUCGUGAGUAAUAAAAUAAUUGAUCAGGCAUACAUUAUGAGCUCUGGAGGGCGAUUUCCAAACAAGGAAGCGGUGGUCGAUGGACUAACGCGUUUUACAGAGCAGGCUCCUUCUAUUCAGAACAUGGGCAAGGACAUUGUGCGAGAUGUUAUUAACGGAAUAGAGCUCCAACUCCAAAGUGAGCCUCAAUCAGUGUGCUUCAUCUUCUGCAAAACUUGUAUGAAGGAGUUCUACAAGCAAUUCUUCUCCGAGCCCUUUCCUUUCGAGAGCUCCAUGAUAAGUUGUACAAACACCUCGCCUAUUGUAGCUGCUAUGAUGAAGAAAAAGGCAACAAACAUUAAGCACCAGACAACACACUUUCCUGAUAUAAUCAAUGCAGAAGUGGCAUCCUUUGGAUCUAGAACCAUGUUUGAACUGCGAAAUUGGCUCCAAAAUAGCUUCCUAUACAUUCGCGCCAGACGCAAUCCACUGUUCUACAAUAUAUUUCCAGAUCCGCUAGUAGAAAACUUACAGGAGAUGCUAGAGAAGGCCGACUUCGAGGACACAAGCUACACUCCCACGAGAGAACUACAAGAGAUGGAAGCCGCCUUCCGGCUAUAUCUAGGCAUAUCUUCAGUUGAUGACCACAGACUUGUCUCACGCCGUGACUCUAAACUAUUCUGCAGAACAGGAGUUUAUCUCAUCAAGCUGGCAAAUAGAAAAACUUUGCGAGACUUCAUAAUAACGCAAGAAAUCUAUGCAUGGAUAGAAACUGCUCUUCUUGAACUGUCAGAUAACAAGUUCAUUUCACUACACAAAAAGCCUCCCAAGGCCCAGGACACACCCACACGUCUAUAUUUUCAGGAUAUUGAUGUCAAAGUGAAAAACAUCCUGGCUGUCCCGACUCCAUUAGGAGAGAUUGUCUCUCGCUAUUAUAUCCGUACCAGAUCAGGAGCUCUUAUUAAUACCUGGCUUACAGGCGAGACACACACGCUGCAAUCGUAUCUUGACAUGCUGGUGCGGUGCGAGGAGUUCCAGGAAAUACCCAUUAGACAUAACGAAGAUCGGGAUUCAGCUCUGCUUCUCCAAAAAUAUCUCUGGGACGGCAAGCGAGAAUUCUCUGGUGCUCUAAUACGGUACAACAUGCCUGACGACAUAACAUGCACAGAGCCCAGCUUUAAAGCACACAUUCUUCUUCAAGCACAACUUGUGCGCUCAUCGUUGCAGGGAGCAUUUGAGCUUCCAGUGGUUGAUUACUGGUUGGACUUAGUGACCAUCAUUGAUGCAGCAAUCCGCAUAACGGUUGCAACCGUAGAAAUAGCGUUAGCAAAGCGCCUCUCGCGCAGCAUUGUACAGACAGUGGUGCAGCUUUCCCAGGGACUUGUGCAAGGUCUGUGGCCUAACAUGGAGCCUAUGCUCUCUAUUUCUUCAUUGCGUAAUGCACUGCAGAGUAAUAAGAAAACAUUUCAAAAGUUAAGUGCCAACGGCAUUAGUACACUACAACAAUUAGUGGACGAGUUCCACAAGCUGGGCAGGAAACAGCUAACUGAGUUUCUAGGAAAACAUCAGCUACUCUCAGGCAUACAGCGAAAAGAAUUAUGUGAGGAGCUUAUGAAAUAUCCUAAUCUAAUUAUUAGAGCGACGAUAACGCGUAUAAACCGACCAGCAAAUAUUCCAGACAAGUCUAAACAUACUGGAAAGUUUGUUUGCGUUAUUAUAUCUCUCAAGCACGUAUCCAGCAUACAAGCUAGUCCGUUUCCCCAGCAGUUUUCCUCAGAAGUCUACAAGAAGUCUAAGCCACAUACAUGGUUCCUUGUGCUAUCUGAGUCGGAGACGGAUACAGUGAUUGACUACAAAAGGCUCUCUGGGUUUGCAAGAGAACGCUCACAGGAGUUUAUAAUUCCGUUCGUCUCCUCUCUUUGCAUCAGCGCAUUGUCCGAUUGCUUCUUGGGAAUGGACAAAGAGAUCACAAUAGAUCUAUCAGAGUUGUCGCUCAAUGAACCAAUGGUUUUUGAGUUAAGAAGCACACAGGUCUAG